AUCAUCAUCUGCGGAAAUAUGCGAGCGGGGAACGGUAACAAAAUGUACACUGUGGCUGCUCUCCCUCACUCGCAGACAUGAGCGGAGUUAAGUCUGCCUCCUCUACCCGCAACAAGUCGCUCUCACCAUGCGGAUCCACUGUAAAGUAGUUGUGAUCGCCGUGUGUUUCGGAGUUUUCUUACUUUUGUACUUUUUGGGGGGCAAUGCCGCGGACGAUCCGCUGUUGAAAGAAGUUGUGGAAGAGGAGGAGGAGGACGGCAAGUCUUCCCCGUCGCCCCGUGAGCUUGGACGCGAUGUUGCCGCAAAGUUUGCCCGGAAAUCAUCCUAUGGAGUCGGCGUGCGAGCGGAGGAGACCCUCGGGGGACGAAAAGAGGGGAAAGCGAUCAGUAGAGGUGCCAGCGUGAAUGCAAAGAGUAAACCACGGAGUAAUGUGGCCCGACCUGUGACCAAGCGCACCCAGGCCGAGGAGGUCAUGCACUUGGCUGUGGUGGCUUGUGGGAAUCGUCUGGAUGAGACCCUAACCAUGGUGAAAUCAGCCCUCAUGUUCAGCCUCAAGAAGAUCAAGUUUCACAUUUUUGCUGAGGACCCCUUGGCCCCACAGUUUGAAGACAGACUGAACCAGUGGCCUCGCUCUGUCUCAGCCAAGUUCCAUUACAGCAUCUACCCCAUCACCUUCUCUGUGGGGAAUGCUGACGAGUGGAAGAAGCUCUUCAAGCCCUGUGCCGCUCAGAGACUCUUCCUCCCUGUCAUCCUGAAGGAUGUAGACUCAUUACUCUAUGUAGACACAGAUGUUCUGUUUCUGCGGCCCAUGGAUGAUAUUUGGAGUCUCCUGAAGUCUUUCAACAGCACCCAGCUUGCAGCAAUGGCUCCAGAGCACGAAGUCCCCAAGAUUGGGUGGUACAGCCGCUUUGCACGUCACCCUUUCUACGGGGUCACAGGGGUCAACUCUGGUGUCAUGCUGAUGAAUCUCACAAGGAUCCGCAGCACACUGUUCAAAAACAGUAUGAUCCCUGGCGGCUUGUCGUGGGAGGAUCUUCUACAUCCGCUCUAUCAGAAAUACAAGAACCACAUUACCUGGGGAGACCAGGACCUCCUCAACAUUAUCUUCCAUUACAACCCAGAGUGUCUCUUCAUCUUUCCCUGCCAGUGGAACUACAGGCCUGAUCACUGUAUGUAUGGGAGUAACUGUAAAGGGGCUGAAAAGGAGGGCGUGUCCAUCCUCCAUGGCAACCGUGGAGUGUAUCAUGAUGACAAGCAGCCGGCCUUUAAAGUAGUCUAUGAUGCAAUACGUGAUUUUCCCUUUGAGGACAACAUGUUCCAAUCGCUCUUCUACCCCAUACAAACCAAGUUCCUGGACACAGUCAACACCCUGUGUGGUCGGAUUCCUCAAGUCUUCCUCAAGCAGAUAGAAAAGACCAUGAAGAAGGUGUUUGAGGAGAAAGUGAUCCGACAUGUCAGACCACACUAAUAACUGAUUGAGAGAGAGAACUUUCUGUUUUGUCUGACAACACCAAGGACCGUCUUGCUGUGGAUUAUGUGUCAUACCAGCCUCACCCAGAUAGAACUGGUGGCUAAGUGUUUGCAGUGUAUUCAACACAUGACACUUCCUGGUCUUAUGAACAUUAUGAUCCUUUAGUGAUGGUAUGGGUAAUAAGCCUAUGUAUACAGAAACGCAUACAGUGCUGGUCAGUGAUGCCAUAGAAUAGGUUUGCCUUAUUGCCGUCUUAAAAUUUUCACAUGUUCCACACAUUAUGUACGGUGGUGAUGAAAUGUAUGAAAAUGUUGGAAAGCUACAGAAUAAUUAAAGUAUCAGCUCUUCAUCUCAAGUUUAAAAUCUAAAUUGAAGGCAUAUUUUUGUCAACCAUGCAUUUAAUAAGAGUAUCUACCUUCUUUAUUUUUCCUUAAGAACCCGGUGUCCACUAAACAAAGUCAACUUUGGACUUUGGAAAGCUUUACUACUUUGAGUAGUAGAUUCAUAAACCACUCCUUUAAAAUGUGUGAAUGUUUUACCAGCAAAUAACUUGAAAUGUGAGCCUGUGUGAAUGAAAAGAGUUGUGAGUUAUUGGUCAAUUCUGCAGUUGCCAAAUGCCACUGACAGUGUUAAAUACAAUACAGCAAAGAAAAUAUGGACAUUUAUGUUACACACCGAAUGUUAAAAUGCACUUUCAGAAUGAUAUUAGGACUGGAUGGUUGUUUGUACACAUGUCAACAUGAGAUGCUACACUGUCUGAGUAAAUCAGUACCAAAAGUGCUAGCAUUUUAAAAAAAAGUGACAUACUAGAUACAGCUAAUUAUGUGCCAUAUAAAUAUUCAUGUCUGCCAUGUUUACUAUUGCAAGAAAAUGAGUGGUAUAGGCAUGUGUGUUUGGGUAUCUUAGUUUGUAAUAUGAUGUAUGUGAUGUUGUGAACACAUGGGUCAUGUUUUAGCAACAUUAUUUUAAAUGUGGUUUGAUGGUCUAAACGUAUCAAAUCAUUCAAACUGGAAACUGAAAAUGGCUGUACAGUCAUCAUGUGUUUCUAAAUAAAACAAUGCAAUGUA